AUGAAAGCACUCCGCCGGAGACCCGCCGACACACGACGACGGCGGCAUCCACAGCAGCAACGGCAACUGGCGGUAGGCUUCGUUCUCCUGGCGCUAUGGUUCACCGGCGGCAGCAUGUCCGGGGGGUGGUCGGUAGCGGAGGCGGUCCCGCCGCAGACGGGGCCCGGAUCGCCCGCCACGCUAAGCAACGUCACCUACAGCACCAACGUGGUCAAAACCAAGUACGGACCACUGCGCGGGAUCGUCUUCCGGGCGACCCCAGUGGCCAUCGAGGGCUUCCUGGGUGUACCGUACGCAUCGCCACCGAUCGGUAGUUUAAGAUACAUGCCGCCCGUUACGCCGUCGACGUGGAAGUUGACGCGGCUCGUCGAUCGCUUCGCACCCGUCUGCCCACAGAAGCUCCCGAAGCUGGACGACGGUGGCGAUCCGGGCACGAUCGGAGAGCUUCCGCUGGACCGGCUGAAGCAGCUCCGCCGGCUGGUGCCCACGCUCGUCAACCAGUCGGAGGACUGCCUGUAUCUCAACCUGUACGUGCCGCACGCAGAUGAUACGCCCCAUCGGUUGGAUCACCUCAAACCCACAAUUGUAUAUAUCCACGGCGAGUCGUACGAGUGGAACUCCGGUAACCAUUACGAUGGCACGACACUAGCAAUGAACGGGAAUGUUAUCGUAGUUACAAUAAAUUUUAGGCUAGGAGUUUUAGGUUUUUUGAAAACUGGUGCUAAGGGAAGUGCCCAGGGUAACUUCGGGCUGAUGGAUCUCGUGGCCGGGCUGCACUGGCUGCGGGAGAACCUGGUCGCCUUUGGUGGCGAUCCGGCGAAGAUCACCCUGAUGGGGCACGGGACGGGUGCCGCGCUGGCCAACAUACUGGCCGUAUCGCCCGUGGCUGGAGACCUAAUACACCGCGUGAUACUGCUGAGCGGUUCUGCCCUGUCGCCGUGGGCCAUCCAGCGGGAUCCACUUUCCGUGAAGCGCAAAGUAGCCGAACAGACCUCAUGCACCGGUGACGUGGUGAACGAGGAUUUGGCUCCAUGUCUGCGGACCAAAUCACUUGCGGAGCUUAUGAAUAUAUCGUUGAGUAGUCCUAGAUUUUUGCCAGGAUUUGCACCGUUUGUCGACGGAACCGUCAUAACACCGGCCAAGGCGGCCAUUAUUAAUAAUCUUAAAAUACCAUCCGAUUCAGCGAUAGCCGGCACCAGCGGGAUCGAGUUCAGCAACUUCCACAAACAGGACGUCCUGUUCGGGCUGACGACGUACGAGUCGUACCUGGAGCUGACGGCGGCAGAUCUCGAGUUCGGCUUUAACGAAACCAAGCGCGACCGCAUCCUGCGCACCUUCGUACGCAACACCUACCGCUACCACCUGAACGAGAUCUACUCGGCGCUCAAGAAUGAGUACACCAACUGGGAACGGUCGCCCCGGAGCGCGUACGGGUACCGGGACGCGAUGCUGGAGCUGCUGAGCGACGGGCUGACGGCGGCCCCACUCGUCCAGCUGAGCCACCUGCACAGCCUACAGGGCGGCCGGUCUUACUUUCUUCACUUCAAGCAUCAAUCUCAUGAAUGGAAGUUUCCGCAGCGAGCCGGGUCCGUUCGAGGCGAGGAUGUGCCUUUUGCAUUAGGAUUCGCACCAUCACCGAUGUUUCCACUCACCCUCACCCGGCUGGACAUGCAGGUCAGCAGCACCGUGAUGCGCUAUCUGUGUAAUUUUGUAAAAACAGGGAACCCGAAUGGGUUGCGCUCGUCGCGUAUGGAUGUGUUCGUGAACAACAAUAAUAAGCGUAGCUGGAGUCCGGCAAGAAAGCCACACAACGAUAGUUCCACCAGCAGCAGCACCACCACCACAACCACGAUGUUGAUGAUGCGGCAGCUGGUUGCUUCCUUCCGUCCCGGCGCGGACCCGGACCGGGAGGACGAGUCGAGCCCGGAGAGCAGCAGGUCGCAGGACGUCCCCGUGGCCAACCCAUCCCAGCAGCUGAUGCAGCAACGACUGCUACAGUACUACCACCGGGAGCGGUCGCAGAAGCACUCGCGCAAGAAGCGGAAGUUCCCCGGUGACCUGCAGCGGUUCAGCUCGGGCGAAACGGGUUACGGGUCGUCGAGUGAAGAAGCGGCCCCGAGCGGCGGCGACGACGAUGAACGGGAGGACGACGCGCAGGAGGAAACGGGUGAGCCGCCGCCGGGUCGGGACGAUGACGGCGAGCCGAGCUACUACAGCCUCGACAGCGACAACGUGUACAGUGGGCUAACGGCGAUCAAGUACAAUCUGCCAUUCUGGGGACACUACGACACCACCAAUCAGGUGUUCAUGGAGAUCGGUAAUAAGGUGGUGCCAAAAAGCCACUACCGGGGCCACAAGCUGUCGCUCUGGUUGAGCUUGAUCCCGCAGCUGCACUCCUCCUUCAACGUCCCGGAACUGUCGAUGCGCCACCAUCACUUCAGCGAGGAGAACCCAAUCUUCUACGACGGACUGGUCCGGGAGCAGAUCAUCGAGCCGCCGAUGGUUCACACCGUGUACGUGACUUCCAGCACCUCGAAGAUGCACAAGACGGAAACGAUCGCCUCCACGAUCCUGCAGUCCAUCUCGACCGAAUGUCCACCAAACAUCACGUUCAUACAGACGGCUUCGUGGCCCCUCCCGAACUCGCACCCGGUACCUCACGGGGACUCCAACCGGAGCCUCAUAAACCGACUGACGAACAGCUACCACCGUAGCUACUCGACCGCGCUGGCCAUCACGAUCGGCGUCGGGUGUUUUCUGCUCUUCCUCAACGUGCUCAUCUUCGUGGCCAUCUACUAUCAGCGCGAGAAGCGGGAGAGCAACUCGCGCAUGAAGAUCAACCUACUGGAGCUGGAGUCGCGCCUCCACGUGGUGGAGUCGUCGUCGGGGGCGGCCGCAGCGGCAGCCGCAGCUACCGUCGCUACCGGCGAAGCGGAUGCGUUACUGGUGAAGGAGGUGUCCAGUUUGAAGGACGAGCUCGGAGCCUCGUCGGGUCAGAUUGAGGACCUGGAGCUCUACCCGUCGAAGGCUACGGUGAAGAUGGCGCCCUCGGUCGGCAAGCUGCCUACGAACGGUCACAGCAUACAGACAAUCGAACUGUCGCUCCAGCCGCACUACCACCACGGUGGUGCCACGUCGAUGAGGCGCAGCAGCACGUCGGCCAUCAAGCACUCGCACCGGUGCGAACUACAGCAGCACCUGCAGCAGCAGCAACAGCACCACCAACACCAUCACCCGCCGGCAGGGCCCAACCGUGCCACGGCGGCGUCGCCCAAGAAGGUAUCCAUCGUGUCACCGAACCCUUCCGACAACCAUUCCUCGUCCGCAUCGGUCUCUUCGCUCACGUCGGACCUCCUGGCCGUGCAGGCGCACCAGCACGGCCGAGAGACCCGCAGCUACUCCGUGGUAAGCCUACCGAAGGAACUGUGCAACCAGUCGACCCAGUAUGACCUGGCCGAGCUCACCGGUCUCGAGCCGACGGUCGGCCGUCCGACGAUGGCCAGCACGGCCACGAUGACUCGCCGGCGCGAUCUACUGAGAGGCGACUUUCGGACGAUCAGCGCCACCGGAGGUGGCAGCACGCGAUCGCUAGCGACGGGGUCGGGGACGGUGAAGGACUUCGCAUACCGCGACGGUGAACUGCAGGUGCACGGUGCCACCGGUGGCAUCCUGCGGCCACCCUCGCUGCACCAGCUACACCAACAUCAUCAACACCAGCACCUUCAUCAUCAUCAGCAACAACAGCAGCAGCAACCGAACGACGUAUCGCACUGCGGUGGCAAGAAGCGGGUCCAGAUACAGGAGAUAUCUGUGUAGAGAGCCCCGGAACCCGGGCCGCCGGUGGGACUUGUUAUUGGUUAUUCCCCCGUUGAUUCUGUUCAAGUGAUCCCCUCGAUAGGAAUUGUAAAUAGGAAGAAAACUUACAAAUUUGUGCUGUAAGAAUCUCGUAUGCCCUCUGGAAGGGGCCAGCGCGGGACAGGAAACAGGUGUCCCCGUGUGUGUCCGCAGGAGCCACCCAAGACAGGAGGAAACGAUAGAGCGAGAGUGCAUUGUGUGUUUGUGUCGAAACGAAUA